CCACAGCCAUGAUGCAUGCUGGGUAAUCCUCGGGAAAAGAGCAGGAUACACACACACACACUCAUAUACAGACUGACAGAGAGAGAGACAUCGAGCCUGUUGUGUGUGUGUGUGUGUGUGAGAGAGAGAGCUACAGAUGCUCGCCGUCGGCGCGCGGGAUGCGCUCGUGAGGAUGGACACAUCACUCCGGACUCCUGAGGCGUGAGCUCUUGGCCGUGUUUCUGCUCAGGGCCCCAUGGAGCCUGACGUGAUACGCAUGUACUCCUCCUCUCCACCCCCGAUGGAGGACGGCGCCGAGGAUGACGACGAUGAAUUCAGCGACUUCACCGGCGUCCCGAGCAGCACCAGCUUCUCGGAGUUUGACACACCCACUUCGUUCAACCAGUCUCAGGCUUUGAACGCCACUUCGCCACCAGAGCUCCUGAGCAAUGGAAGAAUCGUAGGACUGUCUCCUCAACCUGCAGGGUCUACGAAGUCUAAUGGCGUGGCACCUGGCGUUGGCCAGACAGGCACGCCCAAUGGCAGAACGGUUAGCGUAGAGGAACUCAAAAAGUUGUCCGAGCACCAAGCUCACAUCACAUCCCUGGAGUUUGCAACGGGCUCUCGGACUGACAGCGACACCAUUGACUGCAAUGGCACCGUUGAAGUGCUUACAAACGGAUUUGCAACGUUAGACCAAGGAGGAAGCCCACCUACGCCACACAAAAACAACGAAAUUGAUGUCAGUCCAGAUGAUUUUGCAGAUUUCUCUGCUUUUUCAAAUGCUGAACACAGCCAGCCUUCAAAUACAGACUGGGAACAUUCAAAUCAACCGGCACAGAAUGACAUUAGCGACAGUGUUGAAGUGCGAGGAGCCAGUAUAGUGGACAACAGCAGGGACUCAAGAAACACAGGGUUUGGAUUCCCUUCGGAAAACUCAGAAGGUCUCAGCAACGGGAACUGGAGUUCGCAUGAAGGGUUGGAUUUAGAUCAAAGGGAUCUAGAAGCUGAUACUACUGAAGCGGUUAGCACAGCGCCACCGCUAGCCCUUAACGGCGUCGCUCAGAGCGAGGGCGAUGAUGACAGGGUGUCGCCCGACUCUAAUGGGGAGCGAUGUAGUGCUGAACAAUCAGAUGAGAAAGGCUCAGAGAAUGAGACCGAAGAAACUGAGACGGAAACAGAGACCUCCUUCGGUCGGCCGCUAUCGACAGACGCGCUUGAAGAAUUUGGUGACUUUAGCACGACGGGAUCCGUACCCUCGCCUGCACUUCAGGAGGAGACGGCCACUCCGGCCGAUCACAGUCAGCUGGUCGAGGACGACGAUGAGGAUUUUGGGGAUUUCGGCGACUUCGGAGACGCCAGCUCGUUUAGCACGACUGGAUUCGCUGAUUUUGACCAGCAGGGGGCCACGACACAAGUUGUUCAGUCUGAAACGGCCCCCAUUCCACCGGUGGAUGUUGAAGAUGAUGAAUUUGGUGAUUUUGACGCAUCAAAAGAACCUAGUAAAAUAGAUUCGGCAGGUGAGGAAGCAACAACGUUUGCGGACUUUCCUGAAAGUGACAGUUUUGCGGAUUUCAGCUCCGCGCAGGUGGAUGAUGCCGGUGAUAACGGAGGAUGGCAGGCUUUCUCUGAGCCGGAUCAGAGCCAGAACAAAGGGGAAUCGUGGGCAACGUUCGGGCAGGAACAGGAUCUAUCGUGUACUGAAAAGACCAGAGACGACUGGCAUGAAAGCCAACAGGUUACGACGCCCCCUACUGGUGCGAAGGACCGCAAAAGUUGUACAACGACUGCACUGUUCAGCCGUUUGGAGAAGAUUUUCCAGGCCAGUUUCGAGCUGGUUCUUGCUCCUCAGGUGGAGGUAGACGUGACCUCGCUCAACUCCUUCCUCAAACCUCACACUUCAGACACAUCAGAACCAGAAGACGGUGACAGAGGGACAACCAAUGGGGCACUGCGGGACGUGUGGCAGCAGCUGCAGGAUGUUAACAAUGCCUACGGCCUCCGGUAUCAGUGGGGCGGCUCUCACACCAAUAAAGCACUGCUCUGCUCUCUUGGCAUUGACACCAGAAAUAUACUGUUCACGGGCCAAAGAAAGCAGCCUGUAAUUGUGCCAAUGUACGCUGCCAGUCUGGGGAUGCUGGAACCCACGAAAGAGCCGGUGAAGCCUGUCUCCGCCGCUGAAAUGAUCGCCUCAAUAGCACAAUCUCCUUCAGUCGCCACAGAGUUGAACACCUGUCCACCAGACACCGCCCAGGAGUCUCUUCCUCCCGUUCAGUUUGACUGGAGCAGCAGUGGCCUUACAAACCCUCUGGACGCGAGUGGAGGCUCGUCUCUGCUCAACCUCGAUUUUUUCGGCCCAGUGGACGAGUCACCCUCCGGCACGGCCACCUCCAUACCAGGAGUGGAUCCGGAGCUGUAUGAGUUGACCCAAGCGAAGCUGGACGUCAGCGGGAGCAGCAGUAGGGUCGUGGAUGCGUUCGCUCGCCUCAUGUCGACCGUCGAGAAGACCAGCACCUCCACCAGCAGAAAGCCUGUGCAGAAGGAGGAGAAUCUGAGCGAAGAGGCUCGGCGAGUGAUCGCAGGCCUGCCGGAUCUGUCGUUCAUGCAGGCUAAAGUCCUCAUGUUUCCCUCCACGCUGACUCCUCUCCUGCCCUCCUCCACACCCGACUGAUGUGUUCUUCUCUUCCUUUCACCUCUCUUUCUCUGUGUAUCGCUCUCCAGUCUUCACGAUACUGACAAUUAUAUGAUUUUAAUUUCAUCCUUUUGGUUUUCUAGUUCUUUUUUUUUUUUUGUUAUUUACCUGAGCGUUUUUAAGUUCAAAUACAUCAUCCUAUGUAAGAGAGAUAAUCGGCUAACGAUCGAUCGCUUUAGAGAAGAAAAGACUAGAUCAUUUUAUUAGGAAAAGAGUUUGUGUUUAUAUUAGAGCCAAUCUGUAUAUAAUCAGGGAUGAGAGUUUCCUUUUGAGUAUCCUUUACAGAUAAGUUAGUGUGUAUGAGAGAAAGAGAAAGAGGCACUUUGUUGUUUUCGGUUGUUUGUUUUUAUGAAACACUGGCUUAAAAGUCCUUCAAUGGCACAAAUGAUGAUGUGAAUGAUCUGAUUUAUAUUUAGAUAUAUUAAUGCAUAGAUAUAUCGACUUGAAAUCAAACCGCGUGCAAAAUUUCCUUUUGAUUUUGUGUUACAAAGGCCUUAGAUUUUAAUCGUUUUGGCUAUUCCAUUACAAUCAAUAUUGGUAUUACUUGUAGGUUUUAGUUUUUUGAUUUCACACAUGCAUUAGUGAACACAGAAGACUAGUUUAACAAUUAACUUGCUUUCCAGACUGUAGACGAGUCUUUCAGCAACUAUAGAAACGACAGCUUUUCUUCAAUAUUUUGCUGCUCGUAUUUUUCAGUUCUUAUUUUGUUGUUUAUUUUUUAAUGUAAGUUGAAACCACUGGCUUUGGACUGUAAUGUAGUGAAGGAAUCGUUGAAUGAAUGAUUAACUUGAAUAUAUAUAUAUAUAUAGCUGUAUCGAGAAUAAGGGACCAAUAUCUGCUGUAACGUUUUGCUCAUUUCCCUGUUAUCAUUGUGUUUUUGGUCAUGCUGUAUCUGUGUUUUAUUUAAUCUGCCAAAUCCUAAGCGACUCUUUUUGGAGGACAUCUGCCAUCACAGCGGUCCUGUACACCAGGAGUGCAUCAUGGGAAAUGUUCACCAGAAACACCUGUAAAGAGUUUCCCAUCUUUUGGCUUUUUUCUCCCAGUUCUUUUUUUUUUGUGUGUCAUUGUAUAUUCUGUCUCCUGGAGGAUUUUGCACAUUGUAAAGAUAUAAGGAAGAACUGCUUACAUAGUUAACUGUGGCUUCGGACUGUGUACAGUCAAACUAUGGAACAUGUAAAAAUUGUUAUGGGAAAAUUCCUAUGGAAAACUCAUACAGAUGAAUGAUAUCUCUAAAGAGCCUGUACCGAGGUCAAUCGCGCAUGCCUGGGUUCUUUAAAAAAACAAACUAGUGUGUAAAUUUUCUUUAAGUGUACACAAGAAAUUAAAAUAAUUUAAGAGAAAA